GACUAUUUAUUAGUUACGCAUAGAUAUUGUAUUAAUAGUAUAAUAAUUACAACAAACAUAUUUGCGGAUCAAUUGAUCGGUGGAUCAGAUAAACCAUUGAUUUGUUUUUUUUGUUGGUGUUUACUAUUGUUUUUAAUGGUCGCUAAUUAAAAAAAAUAGUGUCCAACAAAACAAAUAAUCCAACAAUCGGUUCCCAAGAUAUCUGUGUAUUAUAAUACCAAUUGGUUGUCCUAUAGUUUGUUCAAAAAGCACCGUUAGAUUUGGCUCAUGUAUGUCGUUGUUGUUGUUGUUGUUUAAAAAUUAUUAGACACACGACUCUCAUCGAUAUAUCAUAUGAUAAUGUCUGACAAAUUAAUGGAUACAAUCAACAAUCAACUAAACAUUUCACAAAAUCUCUUAAUUGCUAACAAUGUCUUCAUAAUCAUCUUAUUGUUGUUGAUUGUAGUGCUUAUUGUCUUAGUAUUGAAAGGCAACCGAUUGGUCCAAAACAGAGCCAAUUAUCUACCGGAACGCGAGUCCAAAUCGCCGUCGAAGUCGUUUGACGACGAAAUUAAAGACGCCAUGAAAGCAGCCGACGAUUACGUAACAAUGGCCGGACAACAUCGUCGAAAAAUUAGAAACGAAACAGUCGUCGUAGACGAACAAAAGGACAGACCCGCAUUGGCCACUAGUGAUGACGACCCGCAUCACAAAUAUAAACUGGAAACCGAACCGAAAGUCCAGUUACACCGAUUGUCUGGCGGCGAAACAACGGCUACGAUGACAAGUGAAUCGGACGAUACGGCGGCUGCCAAGAGUCCGCGACGCCAGCGACGGUCGCCAUCGAAUUACGUUCCACCGAUGAGACCGUACACACGACUGGCCGCUGCCACUAUCGCUGAUGGCAAGACAAUGACCGCUAUCACCGAUAAGGAGGUGAGCGCUGACGAUAUGUUGAGCGACCAGUUUAGCGAUACACUCAGUAAAAUCGAUACAAUUAUAGAUGAAUCGUUCGAUGAACUGAUUCAAACGGUGAUCGACAUGAAUGACAUGAUAUCAGUUGACGACGACGAAGACGACCGCCACUUAUCCGACUAUUGA